ACUAAUUCUCUGUUAGACCAAGUAAACCAACACUGGUGCAGAAGAAUAUCCUGUCUCCAUGACAAUUAAAGCCAUCGCUCUGCAUUGAAAGCUACCUUUCAUAAUCAAAUUAUGAAAGGUUGCAUUGUGCUCAAGAUAUUGUUUAACCCUCAAAGUUUAAUCAUAUCCUGUAUAGAAUCUAUAAACUGUAAAACCCCCAGUUUUCCUGAGUGCACUGCUCUUGUCUGAAGUAGCCAUUGUCCAUCUGCCUUUAAUCCAACCACAUAGUCUAAAAGACUCAGGUGAUUCAAAAACCGACUUUCCUCCUGCCCUGACAUCAUGUUCCCCAGUUUUUCUAACUGUCCUACUGCUUAGCAACGUUGCUUUACCUGGAGCCUGACUGGAUUAGAAAGAGAACAUAUUUACUCUUAAGUAGUAAUGUGUUGAAAAUUGGUAAGCUGGGGCUGAGCAUGAACACUGUCUUCCACAAAUGAAGAGGGUAUUACUGCCAUGAAAUAUUGUUAUUAUAUAUGUACAGUUGUAUCCAUCUACUGGUUUAGGUAGAUGUUUAGGGAAGGGAGGGUGAAAAUGGGAUAUGUUCCAAGUAAGAUGCAGGAGGAUGGUCAGUAUGGGAGGGGGAAUUUAGUUAAUAGAAAAUAGACUUAGAGAUAAGUAAUAUGUAAAUAGGAAAUGCAUCCAAAUUUACCUCUGGGAAAGAGCCAGUGUGUGAGACAGAAUAAUGUGUCAGGGAGCCUCAGGUGCAGCUGGGAGGAGAAGAGGCGGGACAAUGAGUGAGAGUCUGAGGGAGGAAGAGAGUGAAAAAGGGAGGGUUUUCAGUGUGUGUGUGUGGAGAGAGAGAGAGGCAGAGGGAGGGAGGAAGGGAAGUGUAAGCCAGUCACAGCAUCUCUCCUUCUCACUGCACCAGGGCUGAGGGAGUCUUCGUCCCUUUGCUUCCCUCGCUGCAGAUUUUAGCCAUUUCCAUCAGCGCAGUCAUCUUUUUUUUCUUGCUUUUUGCUUGCAGCUUUUGACAGAUGCAUUGAAUUCAUCUCCUUUUGUAUACCAGGAUCCAAGGAUUUAUUUAUGAUUAACAUUUUGUCCUGUUUAACGGAAUCUAAAGGGGACCUUUGCAGAGGACAGUGCUUCAGACUGGGACUCCUGCUGAGACUUCUUCUUUUCUUUAUGCUGCCAGAGUGGGUUCCCUUUUUUGUUGCGCACCCUGUGUUUUGUUCAUGCUGCGAGACAUACUGAGGAGAAAGGCUACUGUAUAAUCCGUUACCUCUACAAAAAACAAACAAAAAGAGCUCGUACUGGACAGACCUAAUGCAACUUACAAAAUCUUUGGUUGCAUUAGACACUGUCAAAGAAAUUGCUGAACCUCUCCCUGCGAAUGCCUCAGAAUGUCACAGCAAUAAGUUUAUAGAAUAAAUGAACGAAUUGCCGACUGAUCCCCUCAUCUCUCUUUGCAAGUGUCUGCCACAGGAUUGCUGAGGAGCCAAAGUGAGUGGAGCGCUGAGUUAUUCAGCUGGCCUCUCAUCAUUGCUCUUGGAGAGUCCUCUCAUCUGCCUGACAUUCAACGCUUUUAUCGGCGACAGGGCUUUUAUUUGUUUAUUGUUUGCAAAUUGUAUUCCAGAACACUGAGAGGCAAGUUUGCACAUUUGGAUUUAAACUUUACAUCACUUAAAUGGCUGAACCCAUUCAGACAUUUUUUAUGUAGUUACCUCAUUCUGCCCUGGUACACAAUGCAUUCAAUUAAAUGCAUUAUCCCCCCCAGCACCAUGUGUGUUGAGAGAGCUGUGACAUUAUCUCCUGUGGAGAUCCCCUUGUUUUUAUAGCCUGUGUCUGUGUUUUGAUUCAGACAAUAGCUGGGCACUCAUGAACUCCAGACACUGACCCGAAGACCACCAAAAUAAGGGAAGCCUGCUGUAAUAUAUUAAACAUACUAGCACCCAUGGCACAGUGAAACUUUGGGUUGUAUUGAAGGUUUUAUUCACAAAGUUAAAUGUAAUUAUACACCAAGACAGAUGCCCAAGAAACUUUUUUCUCCCCUGAAGUGUAUCUUUUGAAAAGCAAUUUGCUGCAUACAGUAACUGCCAUGUGAUCUAUUCCGUUCUUUGCAUCUUCUAUACUUCAUGCUUCCACUCUCCCAAUGGCAGCCCUCAUUAAACUUGGAAGAUGAAACCACUGACUGGCAGGAAAAGCAGCAGGGGAACUUGCCUUUUGGAGAGAUACCGGCCACAAUGCUACCACUAUCCUGGCUUAGGUGUACCAAUGGAAUACAGUUUUUUGUCCUCUCUACUUCUGAUUGUUACCCACCCACUACUUUCACUAACAAUGAGUGAUUGGAGCAGAAGAACUGAACGGGUUGUCUUCCUCUCCUAGAGCUGGUAUUGAUUUCCCUCAAGUCGGUGUGCAUUUGAUUGAGACCCAGCUAUGUGAAAGUAAGGCGAGAGAGACUGAAUGUACAAGACAUGGUAUUGAGCUGUGUUAACUGAGAGUGGUUGCAGAUGCCCAAUAAAGAACGGGAGGGGGCAGACAGUUCUCCAGUUUCAGGCCAGCUGCCUUAUGGGUGGCACAACACAAACCUGACCCACCUGGACAGCACCCAGAACAAUGAACCAGUCUGAAUUGACAACGGACCCGGUGCUCAUUGCCAACAGCAGCCAUGGAGACUUCUUCCCUGGAAGACCCUCCAACCACUCCUGUCCCCUGGGCUGGGGGCUGAAUGAAGGCCUAGAGACUUGUGUCCUGGAGACUGCUGUCAUUGUACUUCUGACAGCACUCAUCAUUGCAGGGAACCUGACAGUGAUCUUUGUGUUCCACUGUGCCCCCCUACUACAUCAUUACACCACCAGCUACUUCAUCCAGACCAUGGCCUACGCUGAUCUGCUGGUGGGUCUUAGUUGCCUGGUGCCCACCCUGUCUCUGCUCCACUACCCAGCAGGUGUCCAGGAGCCCAUCACUUGUCAAGUUUUCAGUUAUGUUAUCUCUGUACUGAAGAGUGUUUCAAUGGCGUGCUUGGCCUGUAUCAGUGUGGACCGCUAUUUGGCCAUUACUAAACCACUAUCUUACAACCAGUUGGUGACGCCAUGCCGGUUGCGAGGCUGCAUCACCCUUAUAUGUGUCUACUCUAGCCUGGUUUUCUUGCCGUCUUUCUUUGGAUGGGGCAAGCCAGGAUAUCAUGGGGACAUUUUUGAGUGGUGCGCUCACUCGUGGCCGACCUCUGCCCUAUUUACAGGCUUUGUAGUGUGCCUGCUCUAUGCACCUGCUGCACUUGUGGUGUGUUUUACCUAUUACCAUAUAUUUCGCAUUUGCCAGCAGCACAACAGGGAGAUCAGUGAACGGAGGGCACGUUUCCCAAGCCAGGAGAUGGAGGCUGGUGAUGGGGGAGGCAGCAGUGGACAUCAGGGGGGGCAUGGACCAGAUCGUCGUUAUGCGAUGGUGCUCUUCCGCAUCACCAGUGUUUUUUACAUGCUUUGGCUCCCCUACAUAAUCUACUUUCUGCUAGAGAGCUCCCAUGUGCUGGAUAGCCCUGCACUUUCUUUCAUUACCACCUGGCUAGCCAUUAGCAACAGCUUUUGCAACUGUGUUAUCUACAGUCUUUCUAACAGUGUGUUCAGGCUGGGCAUGCGUAGGCUCUCGCAAACAAUCUGCUCCUUCAGCCACUGUGCAGCGGAUGACAGGGAUUUUGUGGAGCCUAAACCAAGAAAGAGGGCAAAUUCAUGCUCCAUUUGAAGUAAUUCUGCAGGAUAUUGAACUCCUGGAAUCAAUGAAUGGGAAAUGUGAAUCUUAACGAGCUUAACAGCGUAUUAACUUUUAGUAAAGGUGGAAGGGCCUAACCAAAUGGACACUCUCUGUAACAGCCUGUUAGCUCACUGGCACCUGUGACUUUAACUUGGUCACACUAAACCUCAGUUUAUUGCAUCAUAGCAUUUCCAAGUUGAUGGUUGUAGUGUCUAAACAGAGAGUUGAUGGGAGUUUGGCAAUGUGUGAUGGCUUUCGCUCAGUGUUAUGUGACAUGACUGAGUGUCAGACCUAAUGAGAGGGCAAACAUGUAAAUUGUAAAAGAUUAGCAAAAGUAUUUCCUUUGACAUUAAAUGUGACCUCCUUUUACCGGCCUGUUAUAUUUUAGUCUUUGUAAAUUUGUUUGACCUGCCACUGGAUGACUCCUAACUUUUUAUGACUGUCAUUAGCAGAUACAAAAUAACUUGCAUACUUGAGCUCACAAAACUGUUAAAAGGAGAAAAGAGGGGGGGAAAUAGAAAAUGUUUGUAUUAACCAUAUAAAUGCACAAAGCAAUGUGUUAACAGCCAUUAUGUUGUUGAUAAAUAACAGGUGUUGUAUGGCCUUGACUGUUUUCUAUAGAAAAGCAAGCAGUCUUUUCUGCUUUUUGUAUUUUGUGUUGUGUUUGUGCACACAAUGACAGUCGGUGAGCAGAAGAUAGAGCCAAGAAAAAUUGACAUGAUGUACUGUCAGAUCUGCAGCCUUUAUAGAUAGUGAUGGAUUCGUCAGUAUGACAGUUGGGUGAAACUGGAUAAAGCUGUUACUCAGACCAUCUACAAAAUAUACCACAUAAUCUAACAGUGUACAGCCAUCUUUAACAUUAAAUACCAGUAUUAAACUUCAUAGGCACACUGGAGGGAUUUAUAAAUCUCAACUGUAGUUGUAGUGAACUCAUAAUAUUUUAACACCCUGCAGACUGCACUAGUGUGACCAGUAUCAGAUUUUCUACAAAUGACUUGCUGCUUCUAUUGUUUACCAAUGUAAAUAUACUGAUUAUUGUUAGUUGUGAAUUAGGUGGUGCACCCUUCCCAAAACAAAUGCACCUUAUUUCGUGCAUUCAGAUUUAGUAUGUAUUUGAAUUAGCCUGGUUUGAGACUAAGGCCUCUGUACGAAGGGCAGCGCAUUGAACUCUAUACAAAGACGUUAGUGUUGAGGGCAGUGAACUGAUGCGCUUAGCAAAAGACCACCCAACACAGUGUUUUUCUCCAAGGAUCCCCCAGUAUAAAAUGGUUUAUCAAAGCCCACAACUGGCAUGCAAUUCCUGAUAUGGCUGUUUUAUGAGUGUUCUGCUAGCAGUUUGAUUCACAAGUGCUCAUGACAGCCAUUUUCAACCAGUAAUUGAAUAUUACAUUUGUCUUUCCUGUAUGUGGACAGCCAUGUGUACUACAAUAGGGAACACAUAAUUGGUCAAAUCUAAUCAAAACCAAAAUACUGUAACUAUAUUAUUAUUUAUUCAAUUGUUUUAAUUUGUAAUCUUCCCUGUGUCAUAUACAGGUCAAUGAUAAGAAGUUUCUUUGCUGACCUAGAGACUAAUUUAGGUGCUUUUCAUCACUGACACCCUUAUUUGUUUUUGUAAAGAUGAUGAUGGUGGGUUUUAUUUCCUAGCAGCAGUUUACAGGGGCUCGGGUUAAUGUGACCCGAUCUGUCUGGAGGUUGCUGUGAGGUUGAAACGUAACUGAUCUGAAAUUACAUGCUUAGUUGUGAUAAAUGUUUAAGGCUAUCACUAGCUUAUCUUGUAUUGGUUUGUUGAACUACAGGCUGGACAAUGUUCUAUGUUACUAAUUUAGCCAAUUUGUCCUUAGCUCGCCAGUUUAAUUAUUGACAUGAAAAUUUACUGAGCCUAGUUGGACAUCACCCUCAGCAUUUGUGGAAGUUGUUAUUAGUAACAACUGACAAUUGAACAAUUGGAUUUGUAGCUGGUCUCAUGAAAUAUAAUCUCUUGUCAUGAUGUUUGUAUCCAUACAAAAUAAUGAAGGGCAAAGUAUGGAUGUCCUUUGUGAAAAUGUUUCAAGCUUUUUUUUGCUAAAAGAAGUUUAUUGUUCUUUUUUUAAGCUUGCAGACUGUUUCCCAAUCUGAUAGACAACAAGCAGAUGAACUGCUUUAGGCUAUGAUCCUCAUUCUUUGCUCCAGCACAGUACUAUAGUCAUUCCAGUCAGUUUACCUUGUACAUUCCCUGAUCAUUGGAUCAAUGUCAAAUUGUAAUUCUUUUAAUACGAAUACAGCCACGUACUAUAGCCAAUGAUUUCUCUCUUUGCUCACACAGUAUUGUUGGUCAUGUGUGAUUUAGGCCUUGCUUGUUGUGUAUUUGUCCAUGCUAGAAACCAUGUGAUCCUCACCCGGUCCCUUGAUAUUGUAACUGUUGUUUCAUUCAAUGCUGCUUACCAACAUACCCAGUGCGAGUCAUUUUAAAGCUGCAUUAAGUGAUGAUCUUUAACACCGAAAAGAAACAGAGCUACAGUACAUGGGCAUUUCAGAAGAGUCUGUCUGGCCACCUUUGUGAAUGUAAGUAAACAUUUAAGCCAACAGAACCGGGUUAUUCACAUACUCUACUUUCUUCACCAGCCACUUGUUUAUUAUCUCUUUGUAGUUUUGCAUGAGAUUUUAUAUAGUCAACAUGAAAUGGUCACAUGCUGUGAGUGGCUGCCCAAGUCAUUGUUUUGGUUUUUCUUGGUUCAGACAACUCGGAUAACCAAAAGAGUGUGGUCGAAGCAGCUAUUACAUAAAGCCUGCUGAAACGGGUGUUGAUUCUCAGAAAGAUUAGCAUUUGUCAUCCUUUAACAUACUGUAAUUAGGAUUUAUUUGAUUCAGGGUUUGAAUCAAAACAUUGCUUCAUGCAGCUUUAAUGCAGUACAGAUUUUUCUGUAUAUGUGCCUAAAGAUGUAUUUUGUAGGAAAGUGAACAAAAGUGUUGAAGUAAUUUAUUUUCCAUGGACAUGCUGCACUUUUUAAAAACAUUUUUCCAUCACCAUGAAAAUAUCUUGUGAAUAUGAACAUUGUCAUUUAAAUUCAUUUUCACUGACUGAAUAGUUCAGAGGGUUUUCCACUUUGACCAACAACGGGUCAAUCAUUAAUUUACCUCAGUCUUGUGAAUUCCCUUUUUUACUCUCAUGACCUGUCAUAUAAGAAGAAUUACACUAGGAAAACACACCAUAUAGCCAUGUAAAAUAUUGCAUUUAUAGUUAUUAUUUAAACAGCUUGUGGUUUUGUCCUCCUUUUGAAGUAGAGUGCAGUGAGGCGGUAGCUGCAAUUUAAAGGAUCUCAAUUAGCGCGUUUGGUGACAUACAAUUAUAACAACAUAUAAAUAUCAGAGAAGACUAAAUUCUAUAGUUGCUUACAGUAAAAUAGCUCAGUUAAUGUAAAAGUUUAAAUAUUCCAUUACAGUGGAGAUCACAUUGGUCACAAAUUGCAAAAAAUAUUCCGUCUUUAGUUUGGUGUUAAUUGUAGCAGGUUUUGUGUGGUACAUGUCUUAGCACAGGGUCUCAAAAAUGCAAGAACCAUUGAAUGGAUAUUUAUAAAAAAAAAGAAAAAUGUUGUUUAUGUGUCUGUACUACACUGACCAAACUGAUGUGUUAGAGAAUCAAAACUGUUCAACAAAGUUGUCCUACUUUGAAGUGCAAUGAUAGGGAAUUUUAUUUCAGAGGGAGUAGUAAAGAGUUUAAUUACAGGUCAGUACAGUACAUGUGUUUAUUUAUUAAAUUAUGUUUAUACCUUUACACAAUAUACUGUAUAUGAGUAUACUCGUGUGUGUAUCUGUUUUUGAUCUGCUGUACAGCCCAAAAAAAAUCUGACAAAGGUAUGGCACACCCAUUUGUGUUCAAUCAACUAGGCUGCUAAUGUUUUGAUUAGGAAGCAGAGAGUGUUAAAUGACACAGUAUCUAUUUUUUUAUUUUGAAAUUUGUCAGAGGCUAUGGAUUUGCUGUUGCUGCCAACCCAAUAAAGCUAAAAAAUAGUCUACAUCCAA